UUCACCCAGAUCUUCAAAGAGGAGCGAGGACUGUACCAGGACCAGGUGUUCAGCUUCGUCCACCUGAGUGUCCAGGAGUUUCUGGCUGCUCUUCAUGUCCUCCUGACCUUCACCAGCUCUGGGCUCAACCUGCUGAGAGACAAACCGACGACGUUUCCUCGUUUCAUCAAACCCAGGUUGUCAACCCUCUGCUGCAGCGCCGUGGACCAGGCCCUCCAGAGUCCAAACGGACACCUGGACUUGUUCCUACGCUUCCUCCUGGGACUCUCACUGGACACCAAUCAGAACCUGCUGCUCGGCCUGCUGGACCCGACAGGAAGCAGCUCCGGGACCAAACAGGAAACGGUUCAGCACAUCAAGAAGAAGCUCAGCGAGGACUUGUCUGCAGAGAGGAGCAUCAGCCUGUUCCACUGCCUGAACGAGCUGAAGGACGCCUCUCUGGUGGAGGACGUCCAGCUGUCCCUGAGCUCGGGACGUCUCCGUCCAAACCAGCUGUCCCCCGCUCAGUGGUCCGCCCUGGUCUUCGUCUUGCUGUCCUCAGAGGAACACCUGGACGUCUUCGACCUGAAGAGAUACUCCACCUCAGGAGAGGUUCUGCUGAGGCUGCUGCCCGUGGUCCGAGUCUCCAACAAAGCCGACCUGAGUUUCUGCACUCUGUCACAAAGAAGCGUCGAAGCUCUGAGUUCGGUUCUGAGCUCCGASUCGUCCCGUCUGAGAGAACUGGACCUGAGCAACAACAACCUGCAGGACUGGGACCUGAGCCAGCUCUCUGCUGGACUGCAGAGUCCAGACUGCAGCCUGGAAACCCUCAGGUUGAGUGGAUGUUUCCUGUCAGAAGAACGUGUCCGUGUCCUGCUCUCAGCCCUCACCUGUCGCUCCUCCAGCCUCAGAGAACUGGACCUGAGCAACAACAACCUGCAGGGAUCUGGACUGGAGCUGCUGUCAGAAGGACUGACGAGUCCAGACUGGAACCUGGAAACCCUCAGGCUGAGCGUCUGUAAGCUGUCGGAGACGAGCUGCGCCGCUCUGUCCUCGGUCUUCAGCUCUCGCUCUGCUCGUCUGAAAGAACUGGACCUGAGCAACAACGACCUGAAGGAUCCAGGAGUCCAGCUGCUCUCCGCUGGACUCCAGAGUCCAAACUGUCACUUAGAGGUCCUCAGCCUGUCAGGAUGUCUCCUCACUGAAGAAGGUUGUGCUUCUCUGGCUGAAGCUCUGAGGUCCGGUCCGUCCCGCCUGAGAGAACUGGACCUGAGCUACAACCAUCCAGGAGACUCUGGACUGAAGCUUCUGUCCGCUCAGCUCCAGGAUCCACGAUCCAAACUGGAGGUUCUGAGGACGGAGCCCACCGGGAUCCAGUGGUUARAACCGGGUCUGAAGAAAUAUUUCUGCAAACUCAGCAUCGAUACGAACACCGUGAACGGGCAGGUGAAGGUGUCCGACGACCACACGAAGGUUUGGUACGUGGAGCAGGAUCAGUUGUACCCGGACCACCCUGACCGGUUCCUCAGGAACCAGCAGCUGUUGUGUUCUGAGGGUCUGACGGGUCGCUGUUACUGGGAGGCGAAGCUUGAGGGAGGAGUUCACAUUUCCGUCAGCUACCGAGGCGUCGCCGGUGGAGGCGAGGGAAACGACGGGUGGUUCGGUGGGAACCGGCAGUCCUGGACUCUGUUCUACGACGGCAGCGUCUACUCAGUCUGGCACGAUAAGAAAGGAACAUCCGUCCUUUCCUCCUCCUCCUCCUCCUCCUCCUCCUCAGGCCACAGAGUAGGCGUGUUUGUCGACUGUCCCGCCGGCAGUCUGUCCUUCUACAGGGUCUCCUCGGACUCACCAGUCCACCUCCACACCUUCAGAACCACUUUCACCCAACCUCUUUAUCCUGGAUUUGGCCUGUGGUCCUGGUCCGGCCCACCUUUGGGGUCCUCGGUGCGUCUCGUCUCUCUGCAGGAGUCACAAAGUCUCUCAGCAGAACCUGACUGAUGAAUUCAUGAUUGGAGGUAACGUGGUCAACUCAGUGUGGAAAAGUUUUUAGUUCUUAGAAACAAAGCAGCUGUGAGAAGAUGUAUGGAGGGAAAAAUGAGACAAAAAUCAGCUUUGUAUGGAAAGCCCAAAGUGUCAUAAAUCAAGUUUUCCCUAAAGGUCAGCACGUUGGCACUGA